AUGCAAACCAGCCGGGCUCCGGCCACCAGCGUCAGCGCCGAGAGCUGCAUCCCGGCCGGGCUGCGCCUGGGUCCUGUGCCGGGCAUCUUCAAACUGGGCAAGUACCUGUCGGACCGCAGGGAGCCGGGACCCAAAAAAAAGGUGCGGAUGGUGAGAGGGGAAUUAGUGGAUGAAGCCGGGAGCUCAGCUCUGGAGUGGAUAGGGUUAAUCCGGGCUGCCCGAAACGCCCAAGAGCAGACACUGGAGGCUGUUGCGGAUCUGCCAGGAGGACAGAUUUUCUACCGGGCCCUGCGAGAUGUCCAGCCGGGAGAGGAGCUCACCGUCUGGUACUCCAACCCUCUGGCGCAGUGGUUUGACAUCCCCGUCACAGCCACCCCGACGCACGACGAGAAAGGGGAGGAGCGGUACAUCUGCUGGUACUGCUGGAGGACCUUCAAGUACCCUAACAGCCUCAAGGCCCACGUCCACUUCCACUGCGCUCUGAGCCACGGCCGGCCCUUCCUCCACCACGACCACGGCCGGCACGCCGCCACCGCCUUCGGCCUCCCGCCCAAAGAGCCGCCGGCGUUGGCGCUGCGUGGCCACCCGCCGGCGGGCUGCGGCCCGAGGGAGGCCGUCAAGCGGGAGGCCGCCGCCGCCUCCUCCCCGCCGCUCGCCAAGCCGGGGCUGUCCAAACGGGCGGCCGGAAAGGAGGAGCAGGAGCGCGCCCUGGACAUGAGCGUGGGUGCCGCCCGCGGGCCGGGGCUGCUGCUGGGGCCGGCGGGGGGCAACGGGCUGGCCCUGUGCCCCGGGGCCCGCUCAGCCUUCCGCCCCGCCGGGCCGCUGCGGGAGGAGGCGCGGGGCUCCGCUGUCCUAGGCUUCUCCAAGCUGCUGGGGGGGCUGAAGGCGGGACGCUCCGCCGAGGCGCCGCCCAAGUGCGGGGCGCUGCCGAGCGAGGCCGCUCCCCCCGCGGCCGCGGGGCUGGCGUGCGGCGGCGGUGGGCUCCGCGCCUUCCCGCUGCUGUCGCCGCUGGAGGAGGCCUCGGCCUUUCGGCAGGUGGAGCGGGGGCUGCCCGCCGCCGCACUGCCCCCCGCACGCUACCCGCCGCUGCCCGGCGGCGCGCUGGAGCGCUUCGCCCUGCCGCCCUUCGAGGGGCUGAAGGCUUACGCGGGGGAGUGCGGGCUGCCGGUGAUGCCGCUCACCGUCUACAACGGGGAGCUGCUCUACGGUGCCGCUCCCUACUACCCGCUGAAGCUGCACCUCGGCGGCCUUCUCAAGUACCCCGAGUCUAUGUCGUACUUUGGCGGGCCGGCAGCCGGGCUGCACGCCGCCGAGCUGGGCUCGCUGGCCAGCAUCGACCGGGAGAUCGCCAUGCACACCCAGCAGCUCUCCGAGCUGGCGGCGGAGAAGGGCCGCGGCCGGCUGGAAGCGCUGCCCGCCGGGGCGGCGGCGGGGGCUGGCGGCAAACCUAAAACUGGGCACCUCUGCCUGUACUGCGGGAAGCUGUACUCCCGCAAGUACGGGCUGAAAAUCCACAUGCGGACUCACACCGGCUACAAGCCACUCAAGUGCAAGGUCUGCCUGCGGCCCUUUGGGGAUCCCAGCAACCUCAACAAGCACAUCCGGCUGCACGCCGAGGGCAACACGCCCUACCGCUGCGAGUACUGCGGCAAGGUGCUUGUACGGCGGCGCGACCUGGAGCGCCACGUCAAGUCCCGCCACCCCGGGCAGAGCCUCGGCAAGGCGGCCGAGGACAAGAGUGACUCUAGCUAUGCACAGGCGGGUGAGCAGGAGCAAAAGACUGACAACGAGAGCGACGUGGAUGUCUGCUUCACCGACGACCAGAGCGACCCGGAGAGCGGCAGCAGGAACCGCGAGCAGUGA